AUGAAGACCACCCAGAUCGCCUCCGUGCUGGCCAUCCUCCUGGCCACCGCCGCUGCGGCCCCGACGCCCAAGCUCGAGGGCGCCGCUCUCGAGCGCGCUCUCGCCAAGCUCAACGCCCCCGAGCCGUGGGAGAAGCGUGACGCCCUCUGCUCUUCUGCCUCCUCCUUCGCCGCCCUGAACGCCCGCGCCAAGGACAGGCUCGCCAAGCGCCAGUUCAUGAUCGAUGCCUACGAAGAGCUCGACACCACCGACGCUGCCUCCAAGCAGAAGCGCCAAUUCAUGAUUGACGCUUACGAGGAGCUCGACGCCGACACCAAAGAGAAGCGCCAAUUCAUGAUCGAUGCCUACGAGGAGCUCGACGCUGACGCCAAGGAGAACCUCGCAAAGCGCCAGUUUAUGAUCGAUGCCUACGAGGAGCUCGACGCCGACACCAAGGAGAGGCUCGCGAAGCGUCAGUUCAUGAUCGAUGCUUAUGAGGAGCUCGAUUCGGGCGACGCCAAGGAGAAGCGCCAAUUCAUGAUUGAUGCUUACGAGGAGCUCGACGCCGACACCAAGGAGAACCUCGCGAAGCGCCAGUUCAUGAUUGAUGCUUACGAGGAGCUCGAUUCGAGCGACGCCAAAGAAAAGCGCCAAUUCAUGAUCGAUGCGUACGAGGAGCUUGACACCGACACCAAGGAGAAGCUUGCGAAGCGUCAGUUCAUGAUUGAUGCCUAUGAGGAGCUCGACACCGACUCGAGCGAGAAGACGAAGCGCCAGUUCAUGAUCGAUGCGUACGAGGAGCUCGAUGCCGAUGCCACUUCCAAGGAGAAGCGCCAAUUCAUGAUCGAUGCCUACGAGGAGCUGGAUGCCGACACCAAGGAGAAGCUUUCAAGACGCUCCUUCAUGGCCUGUUAG